AUGGGCCUUGUGGGGCCACGGGGACCCGCAGGAGAGAGGGGUCCCCCGGGCUCACCGGGACCUGCGGGCAGCCCUGGGUUGCCGGGACCGCCAGGGAUGAUGGGAGAUGUGGUGAAUUACGAUGAGAUCAAGAGGUUCAUCCGGCAGGAGCUGAACAAGAUGUUUGAUGAGCGCAUGGCAUACUACACCUCCCGGCUGCACUUCCCGGUGGAGAUGGUGGCAUCCCCAGGCAGACCUGGUCCCCCGGGCAAGGAUGGGAUCCCCGGCCGGCCAGGACCCCCUGGCUCGCCAGGGAUGCCGGGGCAGAUCGGCAGAGAGGGGCGGCAGGGAGUGCCGGGCAUGAGGGGUGAGCCAGGCGCCAAAGGAGAGAAAGGCGAGAAAGGAAUGGGGAUGAGGGGGGACAGCGCCCCCCCCGGAGCUCCAGGUCCCCAGGGGCCACCAGGCUAUGGGAAGAUGGGCCCCCCAGGCCCAGUGGGACAGCAGGGCAUCCCGGGCAUCCCUGGCCCCCCAGGGGCUACAGGGCAGCCAGGAAAGACGGGACACUGCAACCCCGCAGAUUGCAUGAGUGCCAUGCCCCUGGAGCAGCCCCUCUUCCAGCCCAAAAACGUCAAG